AACCCUUUUAGUGCUCUAUAUAUAUUUUUCUGAAUUAGGGUUUUUGGCCGUUCAUUUGGCGAGUGCAGCUUCGAGUCUUCAAUCAUGGUGGCCGCUAAGAAGACCAAGAAGACCCAUGAGAGCAUCAACAACAGACUCGCUCUCGUCAUGAAGAGUGGGAAAUACACCUUGGGAUACAAAACCGUCCUCAAAACCUUGAGGAACUCUAAAGGUAAGCUGAUCAUCAUUGCCAACAACUGCCCUCCACUCCGAAAGUCCGAGAUCGAAUACUAUGCAAUGUUGGCCAAGGUUGGAGUUCACCAUUACAAUGGGAGCAAUGUUGACCUUGGAACCGCAUGUGGCAAAUACUACAGAGUAUGCUGCCUCAGCAUUAUCGACCCUGGUGAUUCGGAUAUUAUCAAGAGCAUGCCCGAAAGUUAGAUUCCAACUUCGUUUUAAGAUCAUAGAAUUUUGUUUCAGAGUUUCUUCUUGAUUUUGGGUUCAAUGUAGUGAUGUGUUUUUGCUUGUGAGGCAUGAUAUUAUUGAACAAAUGGUUUCAUUAUAAACCCUUUUUUUAUUGUUCAAGAUCAUCUUAUUCCAAAAAACUUUCGUAUCAA